AACUUUGGCAGGCCUACCAGGGGCCGAUCAACUUCCUUGGCGAUGCUGCAUCGUCAAGCAGACUGGCGGAUUGUUUUUGCGCGGCGGCAGUCGUGAAAUUCGGGCGUGAGGCAUGUCGCAUUUGUGACGAUCGACGACAAUUACGUGGUAGAAAAGAUCUCGCCUCCGGGAUGGGCGACAAUUUUUGGGAGCCCCUUGCCGAGAUCUACAUCGCGGAUCGGGAGUCCACCGAUCCCGAUGAUUACAUUUACUGUCUUUGUAGCCGAAUAUUUAUCCGGAAUCCUGAGGUUUAUACUGUCUUAGCUUCAGAAGAUGCCAGCGAAGGGGAAGAUGCCGAUGGGGAUUAUGUGGGAGAGAUGCUGGAUCUUUCCAAGGGAUCUGGAGUAGAGACACAAUCCAUAGAAAAGCACGAUGAAGAACCAGUAAGCUGUUAUUGCAGUGCUUCUCACACAGAUAACAAUUAUUCUACGGACGAACAUGAUUCCGUACGCGAUUCGGCUCAUUGGCCCACUGCACAUUCCUUAACCCAGAAAUUAGGUCUGCACCAGUCAGAUUCUGGUGCAGAUUUAUCUGAAUAUCACGAUCAGCAUGAGGCAAAAAGUAUACAGAAUCUCGUAGCAUCCUAUGGAAAAACUUUCCAAACUAUAGAAACUGAAGUUGAAAACAGUUGCGAAAAUGUUGAUAUGUUAACUGAGUAUAAACAUGUAUCAGGUGACAAGGAACCAGUGGUACAGAAUUUAUCAGACAGUACCGCUAUAUUAAAUACUGAAGGACACAACAAAGAUCUCAUUACACAAUAUGAUUAUAACACUUACGCUUAUCCCUAUUCUGUAGAUUAUGGCAGUAAUAAGAGUGCAAUGGACAUAGCGUGGGACAAGUUUUGGGCUAAACACGGAGAGCAAUUAAUCUGGGCAUCCUGGAUCGGAAAAUAUGCGGAUUACAUCAAUCCUGAUUAUUUUCAAAAUAAUGUGCGCACAACGGAAGACGAAAAGCCACAGGAUGCAGAGAUUAAUGAAGUAGCGAUAGAAAGAUAUUUUGAGCAAAAUACGUGUUUCCCAUCGCAAGCGCACAAGAAUUGCGAACUUGUACGUUCUAACUUUGCAGGAAUUUUCAAUAAGAGUUAUUCGAGUGACAGUGAACUAAAGCCAGCAGCAAUAUCUUCUUCGAAUACUAGCUUCUCAUUCGAGCAAGUAAGCAGACAAGAAAUAAAUGAUAAAGAUGCAGACGAAAAUAGAAAGAAAAUUCUUAAUUUCGAGAUCUCGCCGGAAGACGGCGACGGUUGGAAUCCGUUAAGCCCACUUAGCAUAGAAGAAAAUUAUAAUCACCCUUCUAAUGCAGAAGAUGAAAGGCUAUUAAUGAGAUGCGACUCCGUUAAUGGUUCGAUAACGAAAACGAAUGCAACUUCCGAUUCCAUGACUAACGUUACCAAAAUGACGUUAACUAGUUCGAGUUGUGAUUCCAAUUCUGUUCAUUCGUCUAGUCUCGUCACUUCCGUUACAAGCUCCAUAGAAAGCAGCAUGACUAGUAGUUCCGAUCAAGAAAACGAAUUUUCAGUAGAAGACAACGACAAAUAUUGGCAGCAAUUAUGGAAGGAGAAUUUUGAAACACAAUAUCAAAAACAGUACGAAUUAUUCAUAGAAAAUUAUAAAAAGGAGCACAAUAUAGAUUAUAAUCAAUUGUAUUUUAACACGUUGAAUGAACCAUGUGAUGAUUCGUUGAACGAACCACGUGAUUCCAUUAUACUUCAACAAAACGAGGAAGCAGCGAAGCUACAGUAUCAAGAGGAUAAAAACGAAGAGUUUUUAAAGAUUGACACCUGUGAAGAUCAAAGAGACGAGAGCAUGGAUCUCGUAGAAAUUGAUUUAACUACACCAAGUAAAGUAAAUUCCGGAAAUAGAAACUCACGGAAGAACAACACGAAUUCAAAAUCCAAGCUGAGGACGCAGAGGUUGAUUAUGGAUUCAGUGGGCAUGCUUAUGAAGAACUUAACGAUAAAGAUGGAAGAGGAUAAACCGACUGACGUUGUUAAGGAAGAAGAAAUGCACGAAGAGCAGCAACAGGCUCAAGAUUCGAUGGUUACUGAAACCAAAAUGGAAAUAAUGGCUUCCAGUAGCAAUUUUAACAAUAGUCAUCAACAAAAGUCUUCUGAUGGAGGGGAUGAAUUUCACGAAGAGGUUCAAGAAAUUUACGGACAAAGUCACGAGGCUAAUUGUAACGAUAGUGAAGAUGGUUUAGAAACCGUGAAAAAGGCCUUUUCAUUAAUGGGUUAUGCCAACUUUAUUGAGAAUGAAAGCCAAAGAAAAUUGCAAGGCGAAGUUGUUUAUCGGAAACGCAAUAUCAGACGGCAAAGUUUUCAAUUGAUGGCAGAACAUAAACGGAAAACUAAAUAUAAAAAUACUCUUGAUGCGGAAACGAUCAUCAAAUAUACAAAGACAAACAAGUAUUUGUCGUGCAAUCCAGCAUCGAUUUCGGCGGAAACCGAUGCACAGUCUAAUGACAAAGGUUCCUACGCAAAGGCACAAGCUGCAUUCACGUCAAGUUCCGAUGAUGAAGAUAGUGUAAAGAUGAUGCAAAGAAAGAAGAGAAGGAAGCAAUUUAAGAGGUUAAAUAAAAUCCUUCCGAGGGAGAUAGCCAACGAUUAUAGGCUGUGGAAGUAUUACAUCAAACGAUUUGGCCUUUUCAGCAGAUAUGAAGAUGGUAUCAAGUUGGAUCGAGAGAGUUGGUUUUCUGUGACACCGGAAGAAAUAGCUAAGGAUAUAGCAGAGAGAUGUAGGUGUGACACAAUUAUUGAUGCAUUUUGUGGCGCAGGCAGCAACACUAUUCAGUUUGCAUUUACAUGUGAAAGAGUGAUUGCCAUAGACAUUGAUCCUAAUAAAAUUAAGAUUGCUCGGCAUAAUGCAGGAAUUUAUGGUGUGGACGAUAGGAUAGAAUUUAUUACUGGAGAUUUCAUGCAAUUAGCACCACAGUUGGUUGCCGAUGUCGUGUUUUUGAGUCCGCCGUGGGGCGGACCUGACUACAUAAAGAGAAAAGUAUUUGAUCUCGAAAGUAUUAUGCCUCCCGUUGGUGGAAGAAGGAUAUUUGAAGCAGCAAGAAGAAUCACGCAACAUGUGGCCUAUUAUCUUCCUAGAAAUUCAGACCCUCUGCAGAUGAUCAUGUUAACUGACAGAUAUGACAAAGUGGAAAUUCAACAAAACGUGUUCAAUGGGAAGCUUACGGCUUGUACAGCUUACUACGGUGAAUUGGCCAGGACGUAAUUUAAAUGAAGAAACAGACAUUUUAGUUUACUUUUUUUCAGUUUCUAUUUACCUG